AGAGCAAGAAGAUGGCUGUGGCUUUCCGGAGCUCCCGACAGAAGUAUUACAAUUUCGAUAAAACAGUUAUAUAGAUUCACAGCAAAUAUAGGAACAAUAACCUCAGAGAUUCGUCUUUUCUAAAGCCCACAAAACCGAAGUUGAGUGUGUAGCAUUGGAGUGCUAUCUGAAGUGAAGAUUGAAGACGUGAUAGAAGAUGAACCACUGCUAUGCUAAGAUGGCGACGUCCAGUCAAAGAGAAGGCGGAAGAGAAUCAGCGCCACCAACUCUCAGCAAAUCAUCAAAAGAGAAAAAGGCCCAAGCUGCAGAUAACGACUUCCAGCAGCUGGUCACCAUUGCUCAUCAUAGAAAACGUCCCAAUGAGCCACAGUGGGGGAGCUCCACAUUGAAGCAGAAUUUACAGCCCCCCCAGUUUAAAGAGGAAGGGGGGGAACUGAAAAUCAGACAGGAGGGAGAGUGUCAUCUAUGGUCAGAGGAGGAGGAUUUCUCCAAGUUGCCACUGACUGGUGUCUCUGUGAAGACUGAAGACCACGAAGACAAACCACAUGAGCCCUUACGUUGGUUGUGUCCUUCAGACAUCCAGCAGCUGAUUGGUCAUCAGAAAGAACAUCCCACUCAGCCACAGAGGGGGAGCUCCACUUUGAAGCAGGAAGAUCCACAGACCCCCCGGGUCAAAGAGGAAGAGGAGGAACUUUGGGUCACUCAAGAGGGAGAGUGUUUUCUAGGGCUGAAGGAGGCUGAUCUCACCAAGUUGCCAUUGACUGUUGUCUCUGUGAAGACUGAAGACCACGAAGACAAACCACCUGAGUUCUCACAGCUUUAUCACAGUCCAAGUGAGGAGAACGGGGGCAAGACAACAGAAGCUGAUGGAGACCACUGUGGAGGAUCACAAGCAGACAACCUCUUAGCUCCACUGUCAGAUAGUGAUGACACAACGUCACACUCUCCUGAGGAUGAAGACUGGGACGACACCCAAGAAGCUUUGAGCAGCGAUACAGACUUUGAAGGUGAUAUGAGGACUCACACUGACAACAAACACUCUGAAUGCAAGUCAGAAACAAGUCAAAAACAUUUUACCUGCUCAAUUUGUGCUAAAAGAUAUUCUAGGAAGAGUGAUUUGACUCGACACAUGGUGACGCACACAGGAGAAAAACCAUUUAGUUGCUCAGUUUGUGGUAAAAACUAUUGUUACAGAAAGAGCUUGACUUACCACAUGCUUACACACACAGCAGAACAACCUUUGAGUUGUUCUCUUUGUGGUCACAGAUUCAUGCACAAGUCAAGUAUGGUAUCACACAUGAGAAUGCACACAAUAGAAAAACCUUUUGGUUGUUCUGUUUGUGGUAAAAUAUUCCCUACAAAGACACGUUUGGUAUCUCACAAGAUAAUACACAGGAGACAAAAACUCUACAGUUGCUCAAUUUGUGGUAAGAACUAUACUUACAAAUACCUUUCGAAGUUUCACAUGAUAAUGCACUCCAGGGAAAAAGCUUGUGAAGAAGGGUCAGUCUCAGAUAGUCAGCCGAAACAUUAUUGGAACCAAAAAGGCUUUGAAUGGUCUUUCUGACAUUCAUAUACCAUAGAUAACCAAUGCAAUCAAUAUCAAAUGUGUAUUGUGAUCUGAUCAUGUGGGAUGUGUGUUGAAAUGUUGUAAUUAAGAGUGUCAAAGUAUAACUAAUUUUGCUGGUCGAUAAUUGAACUACAAAUUAUCAUCAAUCUAUUUUAUGGACAUUUUUUAGACCAUUUUUUCAUUAUUUGCCAUGAGAGGUGUACUUCACAUUUGACCCACUAGAUGGUACUCAAGUAUAGUGUACCUGUGUGAGACAUUAGCUUGACAGAAGUUGCCAGUAUGUAUGUUUCUGCAAUGUAGCUAGCGACCCUGUUUGUGAGCGCGCAAUAAACACCAUAAAAUUACCACCAAGAUUACAAAGCUUGCUCUUUUGCAAGAAAACAAAAUGGAAAAGGAACAUAUAAAAAAGGGAGAAAAGUCUGCACCGCUUAUUGGAACUUUUAACGCGUGUUCGUGGCACAAUCUAAAAAUAACAAUAAAAAAGCAGUAAUUUUACAGGAAUUUUGUCAAAAUAUUAUGAGGAAAGGCAUAAUUUUUUGAGAAUAAUAUGAAGGAAAAUAAUGUCGGUUUAGAAGCAUGAAGUUUAAAUAUUAAAGAAAAAUAUAUUUCUUUAAAGAUGUAAUAUGAGAAAUAAAACAAUGACGCAAGUAGUAAUUUUUGGAAAAUUAGGUUGCGGAGAAAGGUAUGUUACGAGAAUAACGGCAAAGUAUAAGGUCAUAAUUCAUAAAUCGUACAAUAUGUCAUAAAAUUAUAAUUACGAGAAGAAAAUUUACAAGAAAAAAGUUCCAGUAGUUGGGAAAAUAAAAUAAACAGCAGAAAUUAUUUUUAAAAAGCUGUAAUUUUAGAAGAAUGGAGUUGUUAUUUUAAGUCACAUUCUGACAAGGAAAAACAAAAUUUUAUGAAAAAGUCAUGAGUAAAAAUGAAAAGAAAAUGUUGAAAUCGUUGGAAUUUUUUUUUUUAAACAGCUGUAAUUUUAGGAGAAUAAGGUAAAAAAAAUUAAGAGAGUCACAUUCUAACAAAGAAAACAUCACAAUUUUAUGAGAAAUGUAAUUUUAGUAGCAUAGACUUGAUAUAUUAAAGAAAAUAUGUAAUUUCUUUAGAAGUCCUUAUAUGAGAAACAAAAAGUAAAGUUGUACUUUUUUGGAAAGUCUGGUUGGGGAAAAAAGUUAGAAUAUCAUGAGAAUGAAGUCAAAAUAUUAUAAGAAUAAACUCAUAAUAUUACAAAAGGAAAAUGUACAAACUUUCAAGAAGAAAGUUGAAAUAUUUGGAAAAUGUUAAGAAAUAUACAGCAAAAAUGGGGAACAAAAGCAUCAAAGACUUAAGGUGAUACUACUCAGGGAGACUGCAAAAGUGGCCGCUAUAGACAGGUGGCCUCUUUAGACAGGUUGGCGGCCAUUUUGAAUGUUGACCAGUAGAGGGCACUGUGGAACUGCGGAUAAAAGUUGUACAGCACUACUAGGCUUGUUAUUCUCCACCACCCACAGAACAAUGCUGUGCUAGUAUUGUCUUUUGUUAUGUUUGUUUUUAAUAUUUUGUUUUUGAAUUUGGAUUUGGUUGGCUGAUCUUAAACUUUUUUGAAGAAAAUUUUAGUUUCAAUAAUAAAAAGUUUUGAUAUAAUCUUUACAUUUAAAACAUUAUUACAGUACAUGUUUCUUGUUUCAAAUGUGUUUAUUAUUAUUUUUGAAGAAAUUUCAAUUGCAAACUACUGUACACGUUUGUGUGUAUGUAACAGGUUUACUUGUUGUGAUUCCACUUGUUCUAACAGUGGAUGGAAUAAUGGCUCAAUUAGCGCCCUCUCUCACUCGUGGGCUACAUAUAGCAGUACGGCAAAGUGUCAUUACAGCUUUAGUUCAUCGGGAAGUGACGGUGCAAUGUCACGAGCAGGAGAGCUAGGCUGAGUGCUAACUGUGAGUGUCGAGAGAGUUGGGAAGUGUGUGGAUGUAAAGUCCUGCAGUGUUCUCCGCUGUUAAUAAAGCCAUUAAAGUGCA